GGGCUGCAGCGGUUGCGAACAUUGUGAACGCAGCCUCAUAAAAUGGCGGAUCGCGGUGAAAAUGCAGAAAGUGAAGAUGAAUUGUAUGAGGUCGUUAACAUCACAGAUUUUGCCAGGAGACAUCAAUGGUGGAGUCGUGUUUUUGGGAACAAUACCGGACCUAUUGCAGAAAAGUACUCAGUGGCUUCACAGAUCAUGAUGGGUGGGGUGACUGGAUGGUGUGCUGGUUAUCUCUUUCAGAGGGUUGGGAAAAUUGUGGCGACUGCUGUUGGAGGGGGAUUUCUGUUGUUACAAAUUGCCAACCACAGUGGCUAUGUGCAGGUGGACUGGAGGAAAGUGGAAAAGGAUGUCAAUAAAGCUAAAAAGCAUUUGAAGAAAAAGGCAAAUAAAGCAGCGCCUGAGCUUAAUUCCUUUAUAGAAGAGUCUACAGAAUUUGUGAAGAGGAAUAUUGUUAUCUCGGGUGGAUUUGUUGGAGGAUUUCUGCUGGGCUUGGCAUCAUAAAUGAAACCAUGUCCUGCUGUGUUACCAUUGAUCUAAUUUGAGUAUCACAGCGAUACACGGAAGCUUGAUGUACUGUAAAAAGAACUAUGUGACUGUGAUAUGGACAUUUGAUGAACUAUAGAGCUGUUCAGGUUGUACACAAAAACCCAGAAGAGAUUUAGCAAUUUCAAGCCAUAGGUUCCCUAGAGAUUUUCCUGUGGGUUUUAAUAAUGUCAGUUUUGGAUUUAAGAGUAAAAUAAGGUCUGUGGUAAACAUUUCUUGAAGAUACUUUAAAGUUUUGUUCUUCAACAUGAAUGACACACGGUCAAUCUCCAAAUGUGAAUUUUGAACCUGCUGUGUUUUUAAAAAAAAAAUGUGACAAUAAGUUGCUAGAUAAUCACCAGAGCGGUUUUCAGUUUCUGAAGGCACGUUAACUUGUUAGCAACAUAAAAAAAUAAAUAAAUCAUGGCGGCUUCAAAAUGCAUGUUUGGGUAUGACUGUGUGUAAUUUCUGUUUGUAGAACAAAACAACCAAGGAUCUGCCAAUAAUGUUUACCACAAACCUUAUUUUACUCAUAAAUUGAAAAACCCAAUGAAAAAUAAAAAAGAAACCCAUGUCUAAUUAGCCUUCUAGGUUUGUAUACAAAUUAGCAUCAUGGCUGAACAGCUCUACUGUAAUUGUUGAAUGUAUUUCCCUAAAAUGUUGUUCUUGACUGUACAUAGUGUAAACAGCUGGAUGGAGAGAAAAUAUAUUGUGCCAAAAACUUGUUUAAAGAAAAAUGUAGGCAUGCGACAAAGUAAUUUUUAUUCUUAUUGUUAUUAUUUGUUCAUGUUUAGCUUUUUGCUCAUUGUCUAUCGGUAAGACGUCAUUUUGAAGCUAGUUCAUAUAUACAAAAUAUACAACCUAUUUUUGUUUCCUUUGGUUUUGAAUUAGUUGAUUGUUCUCUCUUUUCUUAUUGAUGUAUUCGUAAAUAUACAAUAACAUGUUUGUGGAAAUAAAAAACAAA